AUGGACGGCCAAGCAGAAGGAUCCUCGCAUCGUCGCGUCUUCCUCCCUCCACGCUCCGAGUAUCGCUUCGAGCUCGAACCUCACGAACGCCUGUCCAUCCGACUCGUCCCAUCCCCCACUCAAACGGGCGAAGAGCCGGACGCCGAGAUCUUUGGCGCCGAACUUGUCUCUGGCACCCAAGAGCGAUGGUACCCUUUUGGAGAUGAAGCGAAAGCGGCAGUCUCGUCCUGGCGAGGAGCCGAGAUCGAGAUCGCCGGCACAGCGUCGACCGAGUACCUGGCCGACGAGCCGUCUCCCGUCUAUACCGCGUAUUCCAACCUGCAUCUCUACUUGGAGCGAAGACGAAUCGAGGCGCGGCAGGCGCUCAGGGCGGACGCAAAGCUGCUUUCGACGCUAGCGGGGUCAGUACUGGAUCCCAGCUAUGUUGCCCCUCGCACGACCGACCCAGGUGCCGAAGCCGAGGACAGCGAGACAGCCUCGACGGUGUAUCGACCGGAAGGACAGGGUCCACGCGUCAUGGUGCUCGGUCCCGAAUCCGCCGGCAAGACGAGUCUCAUCAAGUUUCUCGCCAACUAUGCGCUUCGUUCGCCCGCAGUUGCCAGCCUUGGUAAGGGCGAAGCGGGCAGGGUUGCCGAAAGUCUGCGCACGGGUGGGGACGGGAUCAUCUACCCGAACAUGGACGCUAACCUCUCGGAGGAAGCGCGCAAGGAGAAACGAGAAGAGGAGAAACGGUCCGAUAUCACGGGAUGGUGGCCGACGGUGGUCAACUUGGAUCCCAGCGACGGAGCUCCUCCUCUACCGUGCUGUUUGUCCGCCUUGCCGCUGUCGCCCUUGCCACUGGCAUCGCUGCCCAGUCCCUCGCCAGCAUUCCCGUUCGGAACGAACACGAGCACCACCGGCGCCAUCCCACCAGGCACCUCCACCGCGCACCCCGUUGCGCCCCUCUCACUCUGGCUCGGCAAGCAGAAUGUCCGGGACAACGAGCGGCACUUCCGUCGCGUCGUCGACUGGCUCGCUGAAGGCGUGGAAAGGCGACUAUCGCGCGAUUUCCGCUCCCGAAUGUCCGGUCUGCUCAUCGAUACUCCCGGCGUGGUCACAGCCGAUGCGCGCACCAAAUACGCCUUCCUCCAGCACUGCAUCCGCGCUUUCAAGGUGGACACGAUCGUCGUCCUGGGUCACGAGAAGCUCAAUCUCGAGAUGACCAAGCUCUUCGCCGGGUCGGGGGUGAACGUCAUCAAGCUGCCCAAGUCCGGGGGUGUCGUGGAGCUGGACGAGACGUAUAGGGCGAGACUCAAGGCGUUGCAGGUCAAGACGUAUUUCUAUGGCGGCUCCAGCGCCGGGGGCAACCAGGAUGGGAUGCCCAGAAGCGUUUUGCCGGGUCACGCAGAUCCGCUGGGUGGGGUGCCCUCGUUGAGUCCCUACAGCACGACGAUUCCCUUUGACCUGUUGGAGAUCUACAAAGUUGGGCAGGAGAGUUUGGCGCCAUCUUCAGCGUUGCCGAUUGGAGCAUCGAGGACGGUGACUGAGACGCAAUUGGUGAAGAUGGACCCGACCAAUUCGGCGGCGGACCAGACGAGUUUGUUGCACAGCGUGCUAGCGCUCAUCCAGCCCCCCAGAGGUGGUGGAGGUGCUGGACAGCCGGACUCAAGCACGAACCCGACAGAUGACGAGAUCAUCGGUGCACCCAUUUUGGGCUUCGUUCACGUCGCGGAUAUCGAUACGGUGAGGAAGAAGAUCACGGUCCUCUCGCCGAGCACGGGCAGGCUGCCAAGCAAGACGGCCAUUUUGGGCGCGUUGGACUGGCAGGAUGUGUAG